CCACAGCCUUCUCUACUCUUUACUUCUCUUUACAACAGUCUUCCAAGAUGCGUUCCGGCAAAAUCCUCAGCGCCUGCGCCAUCUUUGCGUCCUCCGGCGUCCUUGCACAGGAAUACCUUAAAGUAACCAACACCUUCGUUACCACUGCCCCGAGGCCGCCAGCGAGUGUGGAUAUUGAAGUCAGGGCGUAUGAUCCAUCCACCGAGACCGAGAGUGAUAUCGCUACUUGCUCGAAGUUUUGGUACACGGAUGUGUCUGGCUGGCCGCAAGAAUUCGUCGCCUGCGACAAACCGGCCUGGAACUGGUACAUCUCGACCUAUACCAGGCCGCACAUCUUCGACGUUGAGCUCUCUCAUUCGUUCGACGAUUCCGUGCCUGCGGAAGAGGGCUUAAAGUGGCAUCGGGAAAGAUUCGGUCGCUUUUCCGUGGCCGAAAACGACUUCACAUGCAACCCGGUUCAUUCCGGUCAAGUUGAAACUUGUCGUACGGGUCCGAGAGACGUUGUGGUCUAUAAUGAGACGUACACGAAUGGGAACGGUACAGUGUUCUGGCGCGUACCUGAAUAAGGGGUUCAGAAUGAAGGAUGCCCGGUUCAGCUUCUGCUCAGCCAGGGCAUGUACGUACAAACUGGACCGAACUGUGUUUGCAUUUUUCGCAGUGUCACGAAAGUAAAUCGAGUUUUAGUUGUCACGAUUUGAUCCAAUGCAAUGUCAUCACC